CUCUCUCUCUCUCUCUCUCUCUCUCUCUCUCUCUCUCUCUCACGAGAAACACUGUUUUCUUAUUCAUUCUAUUGAGCUUCAUACCUUUUCCUUCUUCUUUCUCGCUUGUUCUUGUUUUUCGUAUUGGUGAGCUGUCUUUUUCAGAGUAUAGGCAACUCAUGCUCGCUUGCAUAUCUUUGUGGGUCUUCAAUUGAGUUUCCAUUCUAAACAUUGAUAAGAGAAAACGAAAAACCAGAAGAAAUGGCUUCUUUAAUCCCACUAAAACAAUCCUAUGGGGUCUAUUUCAUGCCGAAUUCUCAUAAUACACAUGAUUUGUUACCUUCCAAAUGCUCCAUUGGGGAUGCUACGUAUAGGGUUUUUUGCUCUGUUCUUCACAGUAAGAGAAAGCUCGAAAAAACCAUAAAGAUAGAGAGAGUUCAUGUGAAAGCUCUUUGGAAAGCUCAAACAGUGACCAGUAAUGGGUUUUCUCAAUUGGAAGAGCUUCCCGUUAGCUUUUCCAGGAGCCCCAAUGAAUCUUUCAAUAGUGGAAGCUUCUCCACCUCUGUUACCUCUCCGGAGUUCGAUGACUUCGAGAGUAACGACCUUCUCAAACGCCACGUAAGGAAUGGUGAAUUGGAGGAAGCUUUAGUUUUCCUUGAAAAUAUGGCGAGAAAUGGAGAAAUUCCGGAUAUUAUACCCUGCACAAGCCUCAUCAGAGGCUUCUGCAAAAUUGGUAAGACCAAGAAAGGAACUCGAGUCAUGGAAAUAAUACAUGAAUCAGGUGCAGUUCCUGAUGUUAUCACAUAUAAUGUUCUUAUAAGUGGGUAUUGUAAAUCAGGAGAAGUAGAUAACGCCCUUCUAGUUUUAGAGCGAAUGAGUUGCUCUCCUGAUGUUGUAACCUAUAAUACGAUUCUUCGAAGCUUAUGUGAUGAGGGGAAGCUUAAACAAGCCAUGGAAGUGCUUGAUCGAAUGAUGAAUAGAGGUUGUUUCCCUGAUGUUAUCACUUAUACCAUUCUUAUUGAAGCCACUUGCAAGGAGAGUGGAGUUGGGCAAGCAAUGAAGUUGCUUGAUGAGAUGAGGAGCAAAGGGUGCAAGCCUGAUGUUGUGACUUAUAACGUUCUCAUCAAUGGGAUUUGCAAAGAAGGAAAACUCAAUGAAGCCAUAAAGUUCCUCAAUAGCAUGCCUUCUUACGGUUGUCGGCCCAAUGUGAUCACCCAUAACAUAAUUUUGAGGAGUAUGUGCAGCACAGGUAGAUGGAUGGAUGCUGAGAAGCUACUCUCUGAAAUGAUCGAGAAUGGUUGCUCGCCAAGUGUAGUGACUUUCAAUAUUUUGAUUAAUUUUUUAUGUAGGAAGGGGCUUAUGAGACGAGCUAUUGAUGUUUUGGAGAGGAUGCCUGAGCAUGGUUGCACCCCUAAUUCAUUGAGUUACAACCCCAUUCUUCAUGGGUUUUGCAAAGAGAAGAACAUGGAUCGAGUAAUUGAGUAUUUGGAGGUGAUGGUAUUGAGAGGGUGUUUUCCUGACAUAGUCACAUACAAUACAUUGCUUACCGCCUUGUGCAAGGAUGGGAAGGUUGAUGCUGCCUUAGAAAUACUUAGGCAGUUAAGGAGUAAAGGUUGCUCGCCUGUGCUGAUUACUUAUAACACGGUGAUUGAUGGGUUGUCAAAGAUGGGGAAGACAGAAGAGGCGAUUGAACCAAAUGAGAUGGUAGCUAAGGGCCUUCAUCCUGAUGUAAUUACUUAUUCGUCUUUAGUUUCGGGGCUUAGCCGUGAAGGCAAAGUGGACAAAGCAAUUGAGUUCUUUUUUGAGAUGGAAGGUAAGGGUAUCGGGCCCAAUGCCAUCACGUACAAUGCCCUUAUCUUGGGGCUAUGUAAGGCACAAAGGACAGGUCAGGCUAUCGAUUUUCUGGCUCACAUGGUUUCCAAAGGAUGCAAGCCCACUGAGUCAACAUACACUAUUCUUAUUGAGGGUGUUGCAAAUGAAGGGAGGCCUAAGGAGGCUUUGAAUUUAUUGAACGAGCUUUGUGAGAGAGGAGUUGUUAAAAGAAGCUCCGCACAAAAUGUAGCAGUCAACAUGUAAUGUCUAGACGUCCCCCCAUAUGUACUGAGAUGUGAGGCAUGUUCUUGAAUUUUGUUACUUCUAGUUCUUAUUAUAGGUAUUAUAGAUGACUUGUAUUUUGUAGCUAGCUCAUGAACGUGCCUAUGGAUUGGCAAUUUGGCAUCCAAUAGUCUCAUCUGAUUCGACAUUGAAAGUUUUGAGAAGUAUUUGCGGUACACUAGACUUUUAUAACUUUGUAUUGAGUUUCAAAUCUAGCUUUAAAGGACAUUUAUAAAGCU